CACGUCUGUCACAAAGCUAAACUGACCCAUCUUUCCCCUCGGUACGGAAGCCGGGAUGAGCCAAAUCGGUUACGCGGCGGUGGUCUCCACCCGAGAGUAUGGCGGCCGGUAGUAUAUCGGUGUGAGAAUGACGCGGAGAGAUGAAAGAGGAUGGAAAAGAAACACGGACUGGGAACUUAUAUUAUUAGCUAACUUUUAUUAGCGUUUGGUUUAGCAUGCGUUGCUAAAAUACGCCCAAGGCCAAUGGUAAAAUUCAGUGUCCAGUGUAUCCAGGUUUUUUUCUUAGGAGUGCCCUCGCCACAGCAAGUUUUUUUAAACCAUGCAUUACGAUGGUUAUGUUAGAAAAUUAUUAAGCACAAGUUAUUAAUUGCAAAGCUGUUUGUUUUCCUUUUAUAGGCUAUAUAUUUGCAAAUCGUGCGCCUUUUAGCAACCAAAUAUUAAUCAAUGUCGGGUCUGUCGGAGAAGAUUUCUGCAAUGAAGCCCACUUUCCGACUGAGACUCUUUGUGCUUUGGUUGUUUAUUUCACAUAGCUAAGCAGAGGUAGCAAGAAAUUUUACCUCUUUUUUCCGUCUGCCCGGGGAAAUGAAACGCAACGAUUAACUGGAAUUGGUAAUCAGGGGGCUAUUUUGUUUAAAUUUCAAUGUCGACAAUAGAGCAUUAGAAUUUUUGCUUUUCGUUCACGGAAUCAUCGUAGGGGUGCAAUGCGUGAGUAUAAAGUUGUGGUCCUGGGCAGUGGUGGGGUCGGAAAGUCCGCCCUAACAGUGCAGUUUGUGACGGGAACCUUUAUAGAGAAGUAUGAUCCUACGAUCGAGGAUUUUUACCGCAAGGAAAUCGAGGUGGAUUCGUCCCCCUCGGUGUUGGAGAUCCUGGACACCGCCGGGACCGAACAGUUCGCCUCAAUGAGGGACCUAUACAUUAAGAACGGCCAGGGGUUUAUAUUGGUCUACAGCCUCGUCAACCAGCAGAGCUUCCAAGACAUCAAACCCAUGAGGGACCAGAUCAUAAGAGUGAAAAGGUACGAGAAGGUGCCGGUGAUCCUGGUGGGGAACAAGGUGGACCUGGAGAGUGAGCGGGAGGUGUCGUCGGGGGAGGGGCAGGCCCUGGCCGAGGAGUGGGGCUGCCCCUUCAUGGAGACGUCGGCCAAGAGCAAGACCAUGGUGGACGAACUGUUCGCCGAGAUCGUGCGGCAGAUGGACUACGCGGCCCAGCCGGACAAGGACGAGCCCUGCUGCUCCUCCUGCAAUAUACAAUAGCCCCGCCCCUGGGGAGGGGGAGGGGGAGGGGGAGAGCAGAGGAGGGGAGGGGAGGGGAGGUCAAACUGGGAACCCCAGCAUGGGAUCAUCUGUAUGAACGUAACAAAAAAAAAUGAACAAGAAACAAAAUGGUGGUUGCAUGAUGGAUUCCUCUACGAUGCAUUAUAAGCAGUUAUAAGCAGUAAUUUUGAUGUUGGUACCGUGUUGGAAGGCGAAGGAAACGGCAGUAGUAGGAAGGGCCUGGUAGUAUGGAAAUUGGUUCACCUCACACACCCAUUUUUAAAAACCCUCUGGUACGCAGUUUUUGGUCUUUUGGCUUUUGGGCCAUCACCAGAUAACCAAAGUUUUUUUUAUUUUUUUAAAUUUGUUUUUAAAUUCCAUUCUGCAGUGUGACUUGCUUGCAUUCUCUUAAAUAGUUUUAAUGCAUAUUUUAAUUGGUUUAUUUUUUUUAUUGUCAGGUUUUUAUUUAAUCAGAUUUUGUUACUACUUUUGUUACGGAUUUUGGCUACUUUCUGCUCUUUUUCUUAUUUGGCCCACUCUGACCAAUGAGAGCAGAUAACCCCCCAUAACCCUGUUUAACAGUGAUGGGCGAUCGGUCGAAUUUGUUUUGCUAGAAGGAAGAAGCCCCUCAUCUCAGGAGGUCAUCCUCCUUCCUUUUUUUAUUUUUCACAGGAAUGAAAUGAACAGAAGGGAAAAACAAAGGAAGAAAACGCUGUUUUGAUUGAAAGUCAUGAUUGUGUUGUGUUGCUUAUUUCUCUUCUUCCUCCCUUUCUUUCUAGAAGUCCUUUUUUUAAAGACAGCACAUGAACCAGAGGUCCUGCCCUAGGGUCUUCUUUCCUCAGUUUCACAAUCGAUCUGCAAAUCUGGCAGCUCUGGUUUUAAUCCAAACAGUACAGAGCUCCCAUUUGGUCAGUAUUCAAUCAUGUCCUGACUUCAGGAUACAUACGUUUAUCAGGGGAGAUUCCAGCAGGUUUUCUUUUCCUUUACAUAUGUUCCGAUUGGCUAAUAAACUGACAGCAGUUAGCAGGCUGCAACAAGUGUUUGUUUGUGCAAACUACAACAAUCUAAUCACGUCGAGGUUUCACCCUGUGUACUGAAUAUUCAGAUGAACCGUACGCACGGUUUAAUCAUAAUUAUGACACUAUAACAACAGUUAGGAGAAAUGCUAAGCUGCAAAUGUGUAAAUAUUUUGUACGGAAAGGAUUGAGCUAUUUAGACUAUGUUCAAAUGGGAUUGUCGACCGUACGCAUGGGUAGUUAAUGGCAGAACAUGGGUGUGCUGUGGACCGCGUUAUGCGGAUUCUAUGACUGACUCUGACGCGUGAGAGCCCUGGGCUGCACCUGAGUGGUGGAGGGAGGGGGGGGGGAUUGGGGGAGAGGAGCCAACCUUGUUGCCAUUUUCAUUGUUGAUUUUAUAUUUUUUUAUGUGAACAUUUACUCUUCCCCACCCUGACUGACUGGUGACACGCUUUUGUUUGGCACCUGAACAAUAAAUGACGUCUUCAACACCA